CCUAAUCCCUCUUUCUCCUCAUCGUCGCUUUUCUUCUCCGAGCUAAAAAAAAAGACGAAGAUGACGGUGGAAGCAGUGAACCCUAAGGCGUAUCCGUUAGCUGAUUCUCAGCUAGCCAUAACGAUACUGGAUCUUGUUCAACAGGCUACGAACUACAAGCAGCUGAAGAAGGGAGCUAACGAAGCUACAAAGACUUUGAACCGUGGGAUCUCUGAGUUCGUCGUUAUGGCUGCCGAUGCUGAGCCGCUCGAGAUUCUUCUCCAUCUUCCUCUCCUUGCCGAAGACAAGAAUGUGCCGUAUGUGUUUGUACCAUCGAAACAAGCGUUGGGAAGAGCAUGUGGAGUGACAAGACCUGUGAUCGCUUGUUCAGUUACAUCAAACGACGCAAGCCAGUUGAAGUCACAGAUUCAGCAGCUCAAGGAUGCUAUUGAGAAGCUUCUAAUCUAAGGGAUUGGGUGUCUCGGUAUGAAGAGUCUCUUUAAGGCUCUGACUGAUGAUGUUUUUCAUUUGUGCAACUAAGGAACUGUGUUUUUUACAAAUCUCUACUUAAUCUCUUGGUGUAGUUUCGUCUUUUAUGUUGAACGCUUUUCGUUUAUGCAAUGGAGUUUUGUUUUAUUUAA